AUGGACCCCAUCAAGUACAUAUUCAAAAAACCAUCCCUCACUGGCAGAAUUUCCCGAUGCCAGAUGUUAUUAUCAGAAUACGACAUCCUUUAUGUUGCACAUAAGUCCAUCAAGGGUAGUGUACUGGAAGACCAUCUCGCUCAUCAUCCAAUAGAGGAUUACCAUCCUUUUAAGUUUGACUUCCCAGACGAGGAUAUUAUAGUUGUCAAAGACUAUGAGAUCCCUAGACCUAACGAAGGACCCGAACCGAAAGAGCGAUGGAUUUCUAUGUUCGAUGGUGCUUCAAAUUCUACAUGCCAUGGAGUUGGGGAAGUAUUGAUGUUUCCCAAGAAUUUUCAGCUACCAUUCACAGCAAAGCUUUGCUUCACUUGUGCAAACAACAUGGCUGAGUACGAAACUUGCAUGUUGGGACUAGAAGAGGCUAUUGAUUUAAGGAUUAAAUUCCUUGAAGUAUAUGGAGACUCAACUCUAGUAAUACAUCAGAUUAUAGGUGAUUGGGAAACAAGACAUGCUAAUCUAAUUCCAUAUCGAGAUUAUGUGCUGAAUUGCUCCUGA